CUGGUUCUCCGUCACCAUGGGCACUGGAAUAGUGUCCGUCCUCUUGAACACCCUGCCCUACAACGGCCAAUGGCUCUACUGGAUUUCCGUCGCGAUCUUCGCCCUGAAUGUCCUGCUCUUUGCGACCGGAUGUAUCAUCACACUUCUCCGCUACACGCUGUACCCGGAGAUCUUCUUCGCGAUGAUCAGACACCCUGUGCAGUCGAUGUUCAUCGGCACCUUUCCGAUGGGAUUCGCCACCAUCAUCAACAUGUUCUGCUUCGUCUGUGUCCCGGCCUGGGGCGAGUGGAGCCGGAACUUUGCUUGGGGACUGUGGAUCUUCGAUGCUGUCUUCUCCGUGAUCACGGCAUUUUCAUUACCUUUUCUGUUGAUGGCUCACGGGAGUGAGACCCAGCUGUCAUCGAUGACCGCGGUGUGGCUUCUGCCCAUCGUCAGCUGUAUCGUUGCCGCGUCGUCGGGGGCCAUCGUCGCGGACGUGCUCCCCAACCCGCAGCACGCCCUGUGGACGGUCAUCGUGAGCUACAUCCUGUGGGGCAUCGGCCUGCCGCUCGCCCUCAUGGUCAUGGUGAUCUACCUCCAACGACUCACGCUGCACAAAUUGCCCCCCAAGGCGGUGAUCGUGAGCGUCUUCCUACCCCUGGGCCCUCUCGGACAGGGCGGAUUCGGCAUUAUGAAACUCGGCAGCGCGGCGCAGACGAUUUUCCCACAGACCCAGACGCUGACGCUGGACUCCGGAUUUGGGUCUGGGCCGGUGUUCUACACGGUGGGCUUCAUGGUCGGUCUGAUCCUCUGGUCGUUCGGCCUGGUAUGGCUCUUCCUGGCGAUUGCCUCGAUUGCGCGGUGCCGGAGCUUCCCCUUCAAUAUCGGGUGGUGGGGGUUCACCUUCCCGCUCGGGGUGUUUGCGACGAGUACUUGUCAGCUGGGGAAGGAGUUGCCGUCGGAGUUUUUUAGGGUGUUGGGCACGGUAUGUUUUUUUAUCCCUUCAUUCUUCCUGCGUGUAAGAAUAGGUCGGUCUGGGUGUGAAGGGAUGCUGAUAUUUUGGGUGGGAAUAGAUUCUCUCCCUCUGUGUGGUGGUGUUGUGGGGAGUGGUGGGCGUGGGCACGUUGCAAGGGGUGCUGUCGGGCCGGUUGUUCUUUGCGCCUUGUUUGGCUGACUUGAAGGCUAAGGAGGGGGAGGACCAGCGCGGGGUCGAUGAUGGUUCGAAGAGUGCUUGAGGUUUGUUGGGUUUGUUUCUGAUAUCUAAGGGAAAUUCAUUCUAUUUUUUUUUACACGUGGGUUUGGUAAAAUAGAAUUUGCGCA